UCCGUGCGCAGCAGUAAGCGGACUGCCGCCACAGUGGAAAGAGGAGAGAGGGAGCAGAGGUGGAGGGGAAGAGGGAAAAAAGCAGCGGAAUGGUGUAAAAGCCGAGUGAGAGCUGAGCAACAUCGAGGACAGGCGACUAGUGCUGCUGCUCUUCGUCCUUUUCUUUCUCUCACUGUCCCGUCCAGCUCUGCCUUUUGGAUGCCGUCCUCACGGAGUUUUGGCCCCAUACUGGACUUAUUCUUCCUGGUGGGCUGAACCAUGCAGAGGCUGCUGCUGCUCCUCACUUUGCUGCUGACUUUACAAACUGCGUGGACCGCGAGGUUCUCCCAGGAACCGGCAGACCAGUCGGUGGUGCGGGGCCAGCGGGUGAUCCUGUCCUGCGUCGUCUUCAACUACUCGGGCAUUGUUCAAUGGACCAAAGAUGGGCUCGCGCUUGGCAUCGGCGAGGACCUGCGGGCCUGGCCUCGGUACCGAGUGCUGCGGGUUCAGGAGCUGGGCCAGUACAACCUAGAGAUCCUGUCGGCUGACCUGUCUGACGACUCCUUGUACGAGUGCCAGGCCCCCGAUGCCGCCUUGAGGUCCAGGAGGGCCAAGCUCACCGUCCUCAUCCCUCCAGAUGACCCGGUGAUCGACGGCGGUCCGGAGGUUCUGCUCAACGCGGGGGAGUCCUACAACCUCAGCUGUGUGUCCCGGGGUGCUAAACCACCUUCCAUGAUCGAGUGGCUUAAAGAUGGGCUGCCUAUAGACGGGGCCGUCAGCGCCACCGAGGUUCUUCCAGACCGUAAGAGGGUGACCACGCGCAGCUUCCUUCCUAUCCACCCCAUCGACAUGGACACGGGGAGGAACUAUAGCUGCGUGGCUUCCAACCUGGCCGCCCCCGCGGGCAGGAGCACAACCGUUACGCUCAAUGUGCAUCAUCCUCCAACAGUGACUUUGUCCAUCGAACCUCGUUCGGUCCUGGAGGGCGACAGGGUCACCUUUACUUGUCAGGCUCAUGCUAAUCCCCCUAUUAUGGGCUACAGGUGGGCCAAAGGUGGCGUGGUUCUGCAGGGUGCCAGGGAGAGUGUGUUCACCACCAAAGCGGACCACUCCUUCUUCACCGAACCCGUCUCAUGCUUGGUCUUCAACGCGGUGGGAAAGACCAACGUCAGCAUCCUCGUGGACGUUCACUUUGGUCCCAUUCUCUUGGUGGAGCCUCAACCCAAAACGGUGGACAUCGACUCCGACGUCACCCUUAACUGCAAAUGGACCGGGAACCCUCCGCUCACUCUCACGUGGUUCAAGAAAGGUUCCAACAUGGUCCUGAGUAACGGCAACCAACUGUACCUGAAGUCGGUGAGCCAGGCCGACGCAGGCCAGUACGUAUGCAAGGCCAUCGUGCCGCGGAUUGGCGUCGGAGAGAUGGAGGUCACCCUCACUGUCAACGGCCCGCCCAUUAUCUCCAGCAAAGCCAUCCAGUAUGCGGUGCGAGGGGAGCGAGGCGAGGUGAAAUGCUACAUUGCGAGCACGCCCCCUCCAGAUAAGAUUGUGUGGGCGUGGAAGGAGAACGUGUGGGAGGAGGAGAAGGGCACGCUUCUGGAGCGCUACACGGUGGAGCAAAGCCGAACGUCGGCCGAGGGCGGCGGCGUCCUUUCCACCCUCACCAUCAACAACGUGAUGGAGUCCGACUUCCUGAGCUCCUACAACUGCACGGCUUCCAACUCCUUCGGGCCCGGCACGAUGAUCAUCACCUUGGAAGAAGCGGAGGAGGUCCCGGUGGGGAUCAUCGCCGCUGGCACGGUGGGCUCCACCAUCCUCUUAUUCAUCUUCCUCCUGAUCCUCGUACUCAUCUUUUACCGUCAACGCAAAGGCAGUCGGCGAGGGGUGACGCUGGGAAAGCCGGACAUUAAGGUGGAAACCAUAAACAAGGAGAGCCACAGCUUGGAGGAAGACACGGGCAGCGUGUCCACGGCCUCGCGGAUGGUGAAGGCCAUGUACUCGUUUCUCCCCUCUGUGUCCUUCUCUCCCUCCAAUCAGCCCUUUAAGGACGACAUCGAGCUCAAGUCGGACCUGCGCAGCGACACCCUGGACACCCGCCAGGAGUACGACCUGAAGGAUCCCACCAACGGCUACUACAACGUACGAGCUUCCACGCUUGACGAGGGCCGUCCCGCCUCCCGUUCCACAGUGCACUACUCCGACUACCGCUCCCCGACGGGAACCCCUGGUGGUGCCGCGUCCAUUAGCGGCAGCAGCGCGGGAGGCUCCGGCGCCACGGCCAGCGGCGGCGCGCCCGGCCCGCCGGGCCCCCUCACCUCCCCGGGCCGCCCCCAGGCCUGCUAUGACCCGCGCCCCCCUUCCAGACUGUCCCACAUCAGCUACGCGCAGUUUAACACGUUCACCCGCGGGGGCCAGAGCCAGCAGGCGCCCAGCAACCCGGCCCCUGCCGCCGGCGCCGCUGGCGCUACCGGCGACUUCCCGGGCGACUGCGGGCUGCUGGACUCCACCUCCCAGCUAGCGUACGACAACUAUGGAUACCCGUCGCACUACCAGACCUACCGGAUAGGCUUCGCCCCAUCCAGCCUGGCCCCGCUGGAGGCCGGCCCCUCCUAUGAGAUGUACGGGGUGGGAUCGGGGGUGGCCGGGCCAGGGGUGGGCGUGGGUCCCGUGGGUCCCGUGGGUCCCGGGGGCCCCGCCCCCUCAGGCGCGGACACGGGACUCGGGAAGUACGGCAGCUCCACUCGCUUCUCCUACACGUCGCAACACUCCGACUAUUCCCACAGCCGGCACACGCAGCGGAUGCAGACUCACGUGUGAAAGCGCUCCGGCGGCACGAAGGAGUGUCUUCGACAUGGCAUUGCAGCUACAACCAACACACACAUAUUUACACGCACACACCAACACGCCCCGGUGAACAGAAUACGGCACACACGCGUGCCGGAAAAGGCAGACAAAAGUGUGGGCGGCCGACUGCGCGCUGGCCAACGUGUUUGGAAACUCGGCGAGAGCGGACGGCGUGAGUCACGAUCAUGACGAGGAUGGACGACGAGGAUUUUUGCUUUGGGUUGCCGGACUGCGUCGAGUUUCCACGAAGCAGCACAUCUAGAGGGCAAAACGAAUCGCGCUCCACUACGGGGUGAAAGAACGGCGCAGGGUUGCGAACUCUGGCGGAGGCGCGACUCGUUCAAAGUCUGACACGGUACAUGUGAUUGGGAGAAACCUCAGAGGGCGGGAGUCGUUUAUGGCUGCCGUCUUUUCUUGUCCAACGUUUCCCAUCAUGCUUAUUAGUAGGGAUGCUCAAUACCACUGUUUUUGUUUUUUUCAGUUCGGUACCGGUUCUGGUUUUUAUUCCCCGAUACCAAGUCCCGAUACCACUUGAUGGCUCGUAAAAUUCGAAUGAACACAAUGACAAUUCCUUCGAAUCAAUUUCUGCCUUCCCAGCGCACAUGAUGACUCACCGAUGUGUUAAACGGCUGCAACGUAGCACCGAGGAAGACUUAGAUCAUUUUUUUGCUUUAAGUAUCGAUGACUAAUAUCGGUAUCGGGACUGGCUCAUCCCCUACGUAUUCGCCGGGGGAAAGUGGUUGUUAGUAGGGAGGUCAUCAUCCUUUUUGCACCGCAUCAACAGUAUUCAUGCUUGGACGUCUCUCUUCUAUAUCUGUCGUCUUUUAAUUUUGCACACAUGACUAGAGCUUUGUAUUCUAUUUUUUAACAUUACAGAAUUAUUUUUGUCAAUGUCAAACAUAAAAUGAUGUGUAUGUAUGGACCAAAUGUCGGAGGAGUUGUGCCAUCGAAAAGGGUAUACCAGUGUAUAAAAAAAAAA